ACGCACCGGCAGCGCCCUCCGUCCCUCCCUCCUCGGCCAGCGGGUGACCACGACUCCCGGAGUGACAUCACGCCCGUGUGCUCUGCGGCGCUUGAGGUGGCGGCAGCAGGAGCAGGAGCAGCAGCAGCACCAAGAGAGGCAGCCGGAGAAGGAGGAGGCUCCGCAUCCAGGCUCUCCUUUGGCAGCAAGAGCAGAGGCGGCGGUCGCAGGGAGCCGGCCAUCAGCGAGGCAGGCCGAGGAGGACGAGCCUUUGUGCGGCGGGCAGGACAGUGGCUACAAUCCAAUUGAAUAUUUCCACCGCUGUAAUAGCUGCAAAUCAACAAAUCUUCAACUGAAUCCCUACUUGCAAGCUUAAUUCGGCACACAGCUAGGAAACGCUUGGCAUCCUACAUGAACCACGAACAUCCUCCGCCGUAUCCUGGCCCGGGCCCAACUGCCCCAUAUCCACCAUAUACCCAGCAGCCAGUCGGACCACCGGGUCCUGGCCCGUAUCCUGGCUACCCAGUAGGGCCUGCAGGGCCAUAUGCACCAACCGAACCAGGCUACCAGGGCUAUCCAGCGUACGGAUGGCAGAAUGCACCUCCGCCUCCAGGACCAGUCUAUGCAGAUGGACCUAAGAAUACAGUCUACGUUGUGGAAGAGCGGCGAAGGGACGACACAGGUGAAAGUGCCUGCCUGACGGCAUGUUGGACUGCACUGUGCUGCUGCUGCCUUUGGGACAUGCUGACCUGAGUGCCCUGAGAUGCUAAGUGUCUCAGUACCUCUAAUGUGGAGUGCUAUGCAUUCUCCUCCUCCUCUUCCUCCAAUCUCCUUUCUCUCCUCAACAGCUUUUAGUACUGUAAUGAAUGAGACGCUUUGCACAGGCGACAAUAAUACAUGUCCGCCAUAGAGGUAGCACCAUGAUGUUGGUUAUGCACUUUUUAGUUUCAGUGGAGGAAAACCUCCUCCAUCCACCUCUUUGUAGCGUAUGUUUCUAAGACUCUGUGGUUCCUUAAAGAAUGUGCUAAACACUUUUUUUGGCCAAAAGGCUUUUACUGCAAAUUAUGUUUUUAUAAUUCUUACCACUUUUAGAAACUGAGUAAUAUGCAAUAAUUCGAGCCAAUCAUUUGUGUUUUUCUUACUUGCUUCCACUUCUGUUUUAAUAAACUUUGUUCAAUAAAGGUAUGAGCCAGUAACAUGAA